AUGGUGACCAUGGGAGCAGAAACCAGGGGGGAGGACUCGAAGGGGUCCGAGCCGCUGAAGGCUCCGGAGCCGGGUCCUUCGCCGUUGGCCAGACUGGGUGGCCUAGCUCGGCUCUGCGCAUGCAGGCGCAGGAAGAGCAAAGAGGAGGAGGCAGAUGCAGCCCAAGCGCGCUACGAGCAGCUCCUCAAGACAGGCAGCGCAGUGGACCAGCGCAAACGAGAAGAUUGGUACGAUCGUCUGGCUUGGUGGACCGACGUCAAGACGAAGACCGGCGCCCGCGUUUUCGUCCUGGCGCCGCGAGGCCCCAGAGGUGAGACAGAGUAUGGCAUCAACAUGCACGAGCUACUGGCCUAUGCCCUCUCGAAGAUGCACAAGGUGGUUGCUGAAGAG